CCCAGGCCCAGGAGACUGGCUCGAGCCAGUUCUCCCAGAACCGUUGAAGCCGUCGCAGGUGUUCGGAAGGCGCGCGAAUCGCGGCGCCUAUGCCAAGUGAGAAGGAGACAGAGUGCAAGUGAACAAUUUUCCUGGGAAAAUUAAAAACUGUGAAUUCCCGCGAAAAAGGACGACCAGGAAGGGAAAGUGUUUUGACGGUGCUGGAAUGAAACGGGGUCUGACAGAUCUGGGUUAAAAAGUGAUAACUUCGGGGUGAAAAUCGAUGCAGUGAGAGAUAGAGGUUGUGUUUUACAAGUGGGAAUGGAUCCAUUCCUGCUGCAGAUUGGCCAAUCGGAACUAAUCGCCGCCAGUGCGGAACUGUGGAACCAGGAUUGGUACCGGUUCCGGCAGGACUAUUACUCUUAUCGUCCCCAUUGGACCCACUGGCAUUGUUGCUGUUGGUAGAUGGGUUUCUCGCACAACCCUUCGGAUCAUCCGGUGCUAUGGUGCCAGCAGCUGAAACGUGCCCAGGAAAAGCGGAUCGCUGAUGCCAGUUUGAGGGAUUGGCAGCAGCGGAAGCAGAUCGAACGACAAGCACGUGCCAAAGAGCAAGCACAUUUUCCGCUUUUCCAGUACCGAGAAGUGAUGGACCGUUACUCGCCGUGGGGCCGCAAGGGAGGUGGAGCUCCCAACGACACCAUCCGCAUCCGAAACAUCCAGCUGCAGGGCAUCUACCCGGAGACCAAGAAUCUUCCCACCGUUGUUCCUGUUUCGCACCACCACGCUGCUCCCCGGCGACAGGACUUCCGGCAACCGGUGACGAUGUCGCGACCAUCCAAGGGUGUCAGCGCGGGGGGAGGUGGAGCACCGCUGAGGAACGCUUCCGGACAGAUUGUCACGGGGCUGACGGACGAUCCGAUCAUCAGCUUUAACGACGCCAAUCGGUACCAUGUGGACAAUGAUUUGCGGUACAAGACGUCACCGGCGCAGAAGGAGUCGUACAAGCGGGAACUGGAUCGGAUAGUGGCCGAGAAGGAGAACAGGCUGAGAAAGAGCAGGAGUUCGGAGGCGGAAGCGAAGAAUGGAGGUCCAUGGGGUAAACCAGGACCUGGAGGAAAGCCAUGGAGGCCACCCAAAAACGUUGGUCACAAUUUCAUGAAGUCAAUGGGUUGGACGAACAAGGAAACCCUCCAGGACUUGGACAUCGACAUAGUCACCAAGAUGCAGCGCCAGCUCGAGGAGGAGAACAAGUAUCUGAAAAAGUUCUCGAACUGCUGCUCCCGUUGCGUGUGCCAAUGCGUGAGCAACAGCCUCGAGCCGGCCUCCACCGGAAGUGCCCAAGCGUCCCGUCCAAUCAUCAGCCCUCCGAAAGCGCUCCUAUCACCGCCAGCGACGGCCCCGAGCCAACCGAUCCACCAUCGGGACGAGCCAAACCCGAGCACCGACAAGAUCACCGAUCGGCGCGUUCCUCGACUGUGCCAGCAAACGCAACAGACCACACCGGGGCGGGCCCCGGUUGUCGUCAGACGCCAAGGCGCCAAGGUUGCCCCCACACGGAACUGUAUGAUUACCGGCGGGGUUGAGCUGGUUCCGCUGUUGGCCAAGCGCCGUUCGCAGCCUAGACCCAUCAGCCUAGGGACGACCGACGUUACCAAAAUCGAUAAGUACAGCUCCAAUGGCGUAGCUGCACGGCACUCGGGCGAUGAAUACCUGCACGAACUAUGCACCCAAAUGAACCAGAAGCAACGCCGGAUGGAGACGACCCGCGUGGUCGAGUUCGAAACCAGCAAACAGCACUUUGACACGUGGUCCGGCUUCUGGGGUCGGCCGGGGCACGGCGCACCGCUUCCCAACAAAAACAAGCUUAACCUGGACAAUCUGCUUUACUCGGCGCCGCGGUAAAGCAGCAUUCGUGCCAGUGCCAGUGGUGGUCGCUGCCUAUCUCUGUUUUGUAAGUACAUACCUAUAGAAUCCCGCUUUGAGUCGGAUUUCCAUCGCUUGACGCCGUGGCAAGCGAUCUGCAAAGUUCGAUCAAAAAUAGUUCUGUAUAGGAGGUAAGAGACAUAUCAUGACAGUUUAGAGUAUAAGGUGAUUUGUUAAUCUAGUUGGUUCGGAGUACGCUUUAGCGAUUUCCAAUAUUUGCUUCCGAAUUCUAUAAAAAUGCAAAACAUUAUAUGAUAAAGUUAGACAUUCAACGGAAAUUAUGAAGUUCAGACUUUAUGUAUUGUUAAGUUAUCGUCAUUUAAGAUUACAAAAGUUACCCAUAUCGUUCUACUAUCGGCAUAUGCAGAACCAGUUGCUUCCUUGAACUUUAAACCAUUAUUAACCCUAGGAAAAGUAGGAAUUAUGUAGCUCGAUUGACAUGAACACAUGAAACUGUGCGUAUAGCAUAAGGGGCUGUCCAUAAACCACGUGGUCAUUUUUUUGGGAAUUUUCAACCACCCCCCCCCCCCCCCCCCCCCGCGUGGUCAUUUGUCCAUACAAAUAUUUUUUUGGCCCAUACAAAAUGGUCAUCGGCCGACCCCCCCCCCUCAUGACCACGUGGUUUAUGGACAGCCCCUAAUAGAAAUGUUGCAGAACUUUAGCUUGUUUAGUACUUAUCGUUGGAUGAUUAUAAGUAGAUUAAAAACAAAACAAAAAUGUUUUACGAAUUAUAACGUUAAGAUAAGAAAAUAUGUUAUUAAAGCUAUACGAAGAUAAUAUAAAAUGGGGACACAUAGUAAGA